UGUGCUGCUGAGCGAGGAGACCAGCGGACUUACACCUCCAUGAAGAUGAUGCUUGUUAAAGUCAUUUAUCGUGAGCUGGUUCUGCAAAUACAAGAAGCUUUUGUGCCGCUGUCGUCAACAUCGUACCAUCGUCAUCGCCGAAGACAGAACUCCCUCAUCACCAGCGUAGAUUUCUCCGAAUAUCCUCUCCGUGAUCACAACGUCCUUGCAGUCGCAGUUCCGAGAGCAAAAAUCACCCGGCGCGAUCUCUCCCUACCGCGUCGAACGCGUUGCUUAAUCUGCACAUCGUGCAACGUACACCUACAAUACUGAUGAUCCUCACCCGGGAAUGCAGAGGGGGAGGGUGGCUCUCGCACGACGCGGGUAGACCCACGUGCACGCGCUGCAACGUUCCGCGCGAGACGGCCGACCUACGUUUUGAUUAUUUCCUCCGGCGUGGAGACAACGCGACAACCACUGUGAGUAGCUUUGAUUGGUUCACCGGCGUUUCAACGAAAUUCGGCCCUUCCCUAAUUAUCAUUAUACCGAUUGCGCGCGUCGCCUUCUGAUUAAUCCGGCGAGACAGCCUCGACACAUGAAGUCAUGCCUUUCUGGAGCACUUCUGAUGUAUUUCUUACGGGAAGCUCCAAUUAGCUGUAAUCUCAUGCGUUGAAGAUGUCACGCCGGUCUGUGUGUAUCCAGGCCACGUAGAGCACGCGGAGAGCACGCAGGCGUUCCUCGACCUUCUCUGAGUUAGUUCAAUUGAAGAAAGUAUGUGGUAAGUUCGCACGGUGAUCCUUGCAGCAGGACGAAUGCGACGUAAUAAUGUCACAUCGCUACAAUGAGUGAAUAUUUGCCAAGCAAUACCGAAGAAAUGAUUUUACUUGGAUUAAAUCAAUAUUACCUCAAUAUUAUUUGAAUAUGGUUUCGAAGGCUCGGAAAAGAAACCGGCUUCUUUUUCUAUUUUUCCGCCGAAUUUUUUCAGUUUACCUCCUUUACGGUAGUCUACAUUGUUUUUUCGUAAGGAAAACGUUAUUCAACAAUACGUCGUUAAACACUGUGCGCUUCAUAAUUAUCCAAGAAUUUCGUGAUUUCGUCUCGGAGGCAAAAUAUCAGGCUGGUCUGACGCGGCACGGGACGUGUCAACUGCGAAAUUAAUUAGUUACGAUUAAUUAGCGUUAUAUGUGAAAUAUAUAUAAUGUAAACAAUGUAUAAUAUAUAAUAUAAAAUAACGAAUUAUCAUUGCAGCAGGCGCGGCCCACCGUCAGCCGAGUCAACCGUCCGGGUACUCUCCGGGCGCCCCGAGUGAAAACGCUCUCGAUCACACGGAAGAAAACAAUUCCGUCGGCGUAACUGAAUUUUCCGUUGCCCGGAGACCAGCCGAAAGUUCGCUUGUAGUAAACCGGAAAAUCCCGUGAGAGGUUUCCUCUAUUCAGUCAAAUGCUCUCAGUUCCCAACCGAGUCUCAAUGCCGGACGUUCACACCGAAUGUUAGUCGCGUUAGCGGACGUAUCGUUGAGUUUUUUCCCUCGUCAUUGAACUUUUACCCGGUCCCCCCGUUCAGUUACAGGAACUGAGAUCUUUUUCCCGUGCAACUCAUUAGUGCGGGAGGGGAGGGGACACCCGCGGGAUGCCCGAGGUUUUUCCCGGCGAGAUUCCGCGGGCGUCGUGCAACACGCGCGAGCUGCAUGAGGAAUGUACGAGUAGUCUGUUCAACAGUAAUCGUGAUUCAGCGAUUCUUACUUCUAUAUGUACAAUGACCGUGCAAAGGGGGUCCUCGUUCCACGAGGACCCGCGAGUAUCUUGUGUGCUGACGCAUUUCUUCGAAAUUUUUCUACAGACGCGCCGCUUGUGUUCGCGCGAAGACGCGCGCUUAAACUGGCUUCCGAAACGGUUUGAACCGGCCUGACACGCGAGACUAAAUCCCGUCUACCAAUUCUGUAACUUUUUUCAACGACAGUAUCGCCACUCGAUCGUUGCGCAGCUUUUCCGCCAUAUACAGGGUGUAUCUGAACUCUACCGACAGGACUUACAGGACAGAUUCUAGGUUGAAAAUAUGUAAAAAGGUCUCAAUAAACAUACGUCCGCAAAAGCUUGGUUUGAGGAAGAAAAUAACACCGAUUAAUAUUGGCAUCGAGCAGCAGGCUUCCUCGAUGCGGAAACCAAAACAGCGAUUGCCCAAUAAGAGAAUUCAUUUUCGAAAGAAAAAAAAAACAGGUUCUCUCGUUGGACCAUCGGAUGCGCUCCCAAGAGCAUCGAGGGAGAAGCGAAGUCCGAGCCGUUUUGAAACUCAGCGUACAUAUUGCUUCGGCCAAGUUCGUUUCCGUGCUGAAAGCAUCAUUACUUUCUUCAUUAGAUCUUUUUUCGGCAUAUAAUAAACGAUAAAGAUGCGGUGACGCUUUCGGCAGCGAAAGCGUCCAAGACGAACUUAGCCUUCGUGGGCACAGAACUGAAGAAGAAGAAGAAGAAGAAGACGCGUGACAACAGCUGCGCAAGGCGCGACCAGAUCAUGUUCAUUACAUCUACUCUCUGUUACUAGUGCGAGUUGAAACCGACACUGUACAUGUCUUUCGGAUACUCGGUUGAGCAUCUAACUCGAUCAGUCGUACACUCUGUCGAUCGGCGUAAGUAAGGGGGUGGAAGUACCUGCGGAUGUAUAAUCGUGUACAAGUCUCCGAUUGCGCAUUAUUGCAACAGAACGACGACAGCGAGGACGACGGGCGAUGAUGACGACGAUGAACGUGUAUCAUUGAGCAGAAGCACUGUUUGAAGAGUGACGCAACCGUUCGUUUCCUUUCUCGGUGCCGCACGCUUUAGAACUGAG